AAUAUUUUAAGUGGUGGUUAAUACAACGAUGAAAAGAACAGGGACUAGAUCUAGUACUCGUGAACACAAUAACGCUUCUAAGAAGGAUAGAGUGAGUACAUCUCAUUCCAAAAACACUGCUUCGAGUAAAGCCAUUGGUUCUUACGAUCUCAACUUAAAACAAGCAAUGGACCUCGCUGCUCGACGCGACUCCCGGACUCCCUUCUACUGGAAACUAAACGGUCUCACCGAACGGAUCAAAGACUAUAUCGAAAACAAAGAACUCCUGCCCUCAGACAGCUCAUACAUGGACCAAAUAGUUGUGAACGGACAGAGCAAUGUGGCCAGGAUCAUGAACGAGGCGGAGUCAAGGAAGAAAUAAGAGGGAGAUUUAUAAAGUUUUUAGAAGGCGAGACUCUUUGCUUGGAGUUAUACCAUUCAUUUCAAAUGAAAAAUUUCCAAGUGCCACAGCUCGUCUACAAGAGGAAAACACACCUAGGACUCCCCUAGAUCUCAUCACAACUCAAAAAUAAAAGCACCUCUCAACCAAAAACGUCCCCAAAGGUUGUUGAAAAAGGAAGACCACCUUCAUGCAAACCUAUAAUGUCAAAAUCUCGGACAACAGCUAUAAACCAGAAGAACACUGACUCCUUAUUUGACCCAAAGACUCUAAAGAGGCUUGGUCUAGUAGACAAGGGGCAGCCUAAACGGAAUUUCUUGACCAGUAAUCCUCCCUUCAGAGUCCAGAGGCCUAAAACCAAUGAUAGAAAACAUAGAAAGAAAAGAAAGUUAGCAGACAUGUUCAGAGAUAUUCGGAAAAAGAUGCGAGUCCAUGCUCCAUUAACCAAAGCUAACGGAAGAGGCCAAAUCUAUAUCAAUAAAAGCAUAAAGAAUAGAGACAUAAGGAAGGAAGAGAUUCUCUCUGACGAGCUCGAAUCUCGCUACCAGAAACUCCUUAGGGGCAAAUAUAAACUUACAAAGACCAAUGAUCUUAUAAAGGAAGAUAUUGAUUCAGAGAAAAGUAGAGCAUUGACUACUAGAGCACAAAGUUGAGUCCCCAUAAUUCAGAAAAUCAAACAUGAAGAAACCCUGAAGAUCAAGAAUAGACAAAGGCGAGAAGCUGCUAAGAAGCAUAAACAGAAUCUUUCCCAGCCUCCAGUGCCAGAAGAAAUUGCUUGAAGCGAUCUAGAUUACGAAAAUUCUUCGCUAUAAUUUCAAUUAUAUUCUAAA